AUCAUUGAAAGUAUUUUUAUAGGCAAUCAAUUUUUUUUUAUUAACCUCAGUACGGGAGAUUUCCAACUUGGAGUUUUCUCACUAAAUACACACGUUCUUAAAAAAAGUUCAACUGGCGGACCCAGAAAUUUUUCAUAGGGGUGUCCUCUUUUAAAAAAUAAAUUUAAUAAAAAUAAUUAAUAAAAAUAAAAUCGUAAGUAUGAAAAUACUUUACUCGUAUAGAUUAAAAAAGUCCAUGAUAUGUUUUCAUAUUCGAAAAUAAUUGUAGAAUACACUUGGUGUUUAUAGUGUUAAAAAAAAUUCUUUAUAUACCCUACUAGACAUUCAUUCAGGAACUUAUCGCAUAUUCGAUUUAUAAACUUGUUCUUGAUGUAACCCAAAGUUGAAAGACUCUUUAACACUUGCCGUACAAUCAUAAAAUCAAUACAAAUUAAGGGAAGAUUGAAAUUAGUUUAGAUUGAAAUAAUUAGAGAUAGGGAAUGACUUUUUACUAUUACACAUUGUUCAAAAUCGAACACCAAAUGAGUUGUAGCUCAACGAAAAUUAAGUUUAUUAAUAAUAAUAGUGUUCUAGAUUUGAAUUACCCAACCUACCAUUUAUAUUUUUAUACACAAAUGACAGUAGGAUAAUCAUUUUUUUCAAAUUUUAGGGGUGUCCCUCACUAUCAAUUAUAUUUUUUUGUCUAUAAGUAAAUUACCACCGGGGUUGGAUAAUCAUUUUCCCGAAAUUUAGGGGUGUCCGGGGACACCCCUAAAACUCCCUGGGUCCGCCCCUGGACAUGCGUACGUUACAAAAAAAAAUUCUCAAUCUACAUAUGUUCGAAGAAAAUGUUGUUGUCAAACGCAGUGAAGAUCUUUUACCGCUAUUUGUCAACUGCAGAGUAGCAAUCAUCGUCGUUGUCAAACGCAGAGAAGAAUUUUUGAACCAUCACUGUUGUUGACGACAACAGUGAAUACAUCACCGCUAUUAAGAAAAGCAGUCAAUCAUUCAUCGCGUCUCUCAACAGCGGUAAACGUUUUCCACAUUUUUCAGCCCUGGUAGGUGACAACUGCCUAACGUUCAUCGUGUUUGUCUAAAACGGUGUACACUUCAACGCUUUAGACAAAUGCGGUGAAUGCAGACUGUAUGUCAAAAAAAUAAACUCCCACCUCCCACGUAGCUGCUGACACUAAACCCAUACUCCAUUUCUGCCAAACCUCUUCCCCAUUUUUGCCAAAACCCUUCCCCAUAUCUUACAAAAACUAUAAUUUAAGGUAUGUUGUAAUUUGAUAUUGUUUAGAUUGUUGAUGUUUUAGUAGUUAUAUGUUUGUAUUUAACGAAUUACUGUUAAUGGCAAGUAUGUUAUAGUACAGAUAUUUUGAUUAAGUAUGGUUGAAGGAUGAUAGUUAGUUCUGGUUAUAGAUGAAUUUGUUUAGUAUACUCAUGUUAUAGUGAUGCCAAUUAUACUACAUGUUUCGAUUAGUUAGUUGUGGUUGUUUAUGGUUACGAAUUAUGAUUCUGAAGUAUUUUGUGUAGCCCUAAGUACUAAUUAUACUACAUGUUUCUAUUAAAUUGCAGACAUGGAUGAAUUCAAGAAGUUCCAGCUUCUUAUUGGGUGAAAUGGUCGGGUGAUAAACUCUAACAUUGGGAUCAAUUAUGAAGAUGAUGAAUCCACUAUGUUGAAAAUUGAGUCCAGAUUCGCAUGGCAAAACUUCGUGACAUUUGUGCAUACAUGAUUUAUAUGGGCGGACAGUCGGGAGUUGGUAAAAUUACUUACCGGUAUCUAAACAUGAGUGUUGGCGGGGUUAUGUACGAAGAAGUUGUCAUAGAUGAUGAUGACGUGUUGUCCAUGAUGUUACAGUUCCUAACUGACAACAGGAUGCAGCUUGCAGAGGUAUAUGUUGAGACCGAGAAGGUUGGCGAAACUCAUUCUCACGAAUAUUUUAUGAUGAUGGGUUUGCAGGAAGGUACAAAUGAAGUGGUAGUUCAAGCAACUACGGAGAGGGUAGUUCUGCAGGAGUGAUGUCAUUGGAAGAAUACUCGCAACGUGCUGAGCCUGCCCCAUUCAUUGAGUACGACGGAGUUCAAUGACCUGUUUGGGGGCUCGAGUGGGCUGACCUUUAGAACAUCAUUCGAUCUGGGAGUACUUUGCAUGAGUGAGAAGACAAUGUUGGUGGUGCCGGUAACGAUGAUCCUUCUUGCCCGAGCUAUCUAUUCAUCUCCAGCGACGAGGAAAGUGAGGAAGAUUUGAGAUCAGUGAGCGAGGAGGAAGAUAUAGACGACGAGCUGGAGGAUGAACAUAGCACUUCCAGCUUGUUUCACACCCAUCUUUGAGCACCUCCGACACCCAGCUCUUUCUCCCGAUCUCGUCCCAGUCAUCGAGCACCAAUGGUAGCACAUGGCAUGUACCCACCUAUUUGCCUUGUUUGGAAACAUGAAUCCACCAACCAAGGCAAUGAGAUAGACACGUGCAUACCGCUUCACUUAUUCUUUGGGGGUGUGUGGGCCGAUAGGAACCUUCUUUUGGAUGUGAUCAACAAGCCAUGGGAUCGAUAUUUGCCCCGCAUUCAACGGUGGAUGUCCAUGUCCUUCGACUAUCGUCGGUGGCGGCAUGUCGAAGCCCAAACUUUCGCUAAUCAGGGGCUCCCAGCCUCAUUCGAGAACUUCUGAGUGGCCUAUGAUGGCCUCUCGGGUGAUCAACAGCCCGGUGAGGAACAAUGUCUCUGAGAGUGAUCAUCAUUUCCCCCUCGGGAAAGUGGAAGGUGUGUAAUUCAGGGCGCCACCUCUCUAACAUUGCCGUCAACAAAUUGAUGUUGAUCUCAAUCUGCAUGAAGUGUCUCAUCAUUUCCAAACCCGUCCUCUCUAAAUACGGCCCGAGUCGGUCAUGCCAUUCGGGAAAGUGAUUCCUAAAAAAAAUACAAAAGUGAGCAAACUAUUAGUGAAAGGAAAGCAAAAUAUAAAGCUUCAAGAUUUCAAAAAUUAAAAUUUUAGCUUGUUACGAGUGCCUCCGGAUUGUUGUGUCAAAUUGCACGGGAGCGAUGUGUUGCUUGUUGGUUAAAUACUUCGCAUCCUUUAGCCCAGAAUCGAUAUACAAUCGAGGAUCGUAUAUCUCGGCAUCUAUCUAUAAAAAAAAAUGAAACCAGAUUAUUUCG